ACAAUUUAGUUUUAUUCCGAAAGGGGGCACAGGUAUCGUUAAAAUGGCGGUGUCUAGAUGCAGAAAUGUGUAUCUGAAAGUUACGGAAAGAUUGGAGAAAACUUUUUACAGAUGGUGCCAGACUGCAACGGCUUCUAAUCAGAAACGAAAGUUGAUUCGGACAUAUGGACAGCCCACACCACACACGCAUCCACAUCUCAUGCAAGAGGGACACGUCGUCCCGGGCCUUACACAAGAGGAGUUUCGAGAUCGUCGAUUUCGGCUGAUGGAAAAUAUUUGGAAACACAUGCUGAAAACUGCAUCAACUAUUCAGAAUCACAUUGUGGUUAUACCUUCAGCGACGAGAGCUUACAUGACAGACAAAAUUCCAUACCAUUUCCGUCAAAAUACAGACUUUUUAUAUAUGACUGGCUUUCAAGAACCAGACAGCGUUCUGAUCCUUCACUCAUUACCAAAUAAAACUCUUCCAGAGCAUAAAAGUGUUUUAUUUGUACAGAAAAAAGUUGCUCAGACUGAAUUAUGGGAAGGACCGCGAUCGGGACCAGAUGGUGCUAUUGAUCUUCUUGGGAUAGACAGCGCAUAUAAUAUAGAAGAGUUAGAAAAGUUUUUAAAUUCAUUUAUCUAUGAUAAUCAAAAAUUUAUACUGUGGUAUGAUUAUCUAAGUUCACCUCAGUUACCUAUUCACGAAGUGAUGAGAGAUUUUGUAGCAAAUUGUCGUCACUCGGGCUUCGAAUCUUGCCGACCUCUAAUUCAGCAGUUGAGAUUAAUAAAGUCAGAUGCAGAAAUUAAAUUAAUGAAGAAAAGUACAGAGAUAGCAUCCGAAGCAAUGAAAGAAGUCAUGAAGUCGUCGCAUCCUCUUGUUACCGAAUCGCAGCUUUAUGCAAAAAUGGACUUUGAAUGUCGCAUCAGAGAAGCAGAACAUCUUGCUUAUCCUCCCGUUGUAGCUGGAGGAUCUAGAGCUAAUAUUAUUCAUUACACUGCAAACAAUCAAAGAAUAUUAGGGGGUGAAAUGGUUUUAAUGGAUGCUGGUUGCGAAUAUCAUGGAUACGCAAGUGAUCUGACUCGUACUUGGCCCGUCAGCGGUCACUUCACCAGGCCUCAGAGAGAGUUGUACGAGGCCGUUCUGGCCGUUCAGGAGGAACUCAUAGAAUUAUGCGCCAACUUCACUUCGUUAGAUCAACUGUUUCAUGCCAUGUGCCAAUUAGUAGGAUCAAAGUUACAAGAACUUGGAAUAGUCUCUACAAACAUAGGAAAAAUUGAAUUAGGAAAGAUUGCAUAUAAUUAUUGUCCUCAUCAUGUCGGACACUAUUUGGGAAUGGACGUUCAUGACACCACUCUCAUAUCUAGAAGCAUUAAGCUAAAACCGGGAAUGAUCAUUACUAUUGAACCAGGGAUCUAUAUUAGAGAAAAUAACCAAAGGGUUCCCUCUAAAUAUCGUGGAUUGGGAAUAAGAAUAGAAGACGACAUUCUGGUGACGGAUGUCGGACCCGAAGUACUUACGACUCACUGUCCCAAGACAAUCGAAGAUAUCGAAAAACUGUUUGGUUAAAUAUUGAAAAUGUGAUUUGCAUCACACAAACUAUUUAUACAAUUGCAAUUACAAGCUACACAAAUUAAAUCCUAUCAAAUUUUGUCGACUAUUAAUGUUAUUUACAAGUGCCAUUGCCAACUGGAAGAUGACAAUAGUAGACAUCACUGUUUUGUUUCUACAGUAAUGUACAGUAAGAUUUUUUAAUUAAAUUCAAUUGCAGAAAACUUAGCAUAAAUGUAAUAUAGUUUAUUAAAUGAGAUAAAUGUAUUUGUCGUUCAUAUAGUCAAAACAAUAUUCUUACGUCAUUUUAUAUUUAUUAUUAUGAAAUCAAUUAUCAAAUGUUAUUCUCUAGAUUUUUUCAAUUUUGAUUAUACAACAAAUAGAAUGUAUUUAUGUAUAUAAACAACGAAGACAUUUCUCAAUGUAUAAACACCAUUGAGUUCAUGGACAUUCUGAAAACUUCUGCUAUAAUUAUUUGAGUACGCACUUUGAAAUUUUAGAGCAGGAAGAAUAAUUUCACAAGAACAACUGAUUAUAUAUAUAGUAUGUUAUGUUAUAAUUAAUAAUAAAUGGCAAUUAAAUGAUACAAAAGUUUUGGAGACAACCUCAUUGAAGAUCUGAUUGUUAGAGCAAUAUGUUGUUUCCAACAGCUUUGCCAAUGAUAUUAAUUAGUAUUUUUUCAACAUAAGCAAAAUGGCACAUGACAAACACGUGAAGUACUGUACAUGUGAAGGAAGUGUGUUGUAAUCAUUGUUUAUGCUAAAAACUGGCAAGUAUAUUUUUGGAGAAGUGUGUCAAUAAGUUUAAAUCAUGUUAUAAUCAUUACCAAUAACACCUUAUUUAUUAUGAAGCUAAAAUUAGCAAUAUUUGCCAGAUAUAAUCAGUCAUUUUUUAUAACCACUUAAAAGGGGAUUUUUGGACAAAUAAACCUAAAUGUUAUGUCCUUUGAAUCCAAUGCUCACCCAAGGUUAAGAAUUACUCAGUAGACGAUUAAUUCUCAGAUAUUUUAUUUAAAUUUGUUUCAGAUCAGAAUUCACGCCAAUUCUUCAGUAAAGAUACAACCUGCAACAGAGCCCUAUACCAAUAUUUUGGACUCUUCAAAAUCAAUCCUAGUAACCCCGAUUUUAAAGAGUCCAAAAUAUUUGUGUAGGCUCUGUUGCAGAUUGUACUUUUACUGAAGAGGGAUCAGCAAGAAUUCCUAUUUGAAAUGCAUUUAAAUAAAAUAUCAGAAUUAAUCGUCUUCUGAGUAAU